AUGGAAUAUGAAGAAAGAUAUAUGACACUGAAUGUACCAUCAAAAAUGAGAAGUUCUGGACAAACAUCCCAACUUAAAUGUCAAGAUUCUUCUGCAAUAUUGCACUGGUAUAAAAUAUUACUGGGAAUAUCUGGAACAGUAAAUGGCAUUCUGGUUUUGAUUUUGAUCUCCCUGAUCUUAUUGGUUUCUCAAGGAGUAUUGCUAAAUUGUCAAAAAGAUCAAAAGUCAAAUGUUACCCAGCAUGAGGAAAUCGAAAACCUGAGAACAGAUAAUGACACAAGAGGCAAUAGAAAGCACCAGAACUCAGGUCCCUGCGUUCCAGGAGCUACAGAACAUACAGAAUUUUGCCCAUCAGAAUGGUUCAAAUUUGAAAAUAAAUGCUAUUGGUUCUCUGAUGCUAUGAAAACUUGGAGUGACAGUUACAGGUAUUGCCUGGGAAGAAACUCUCAUCUACUAAUGGUACAGGACCAACUUGAAAUGGAAUUUAUACAGAAAUACCUAAAACAAUCAAAUUACGUGUGGAUUGGACUUAACUUCACCUCCCCAAAGAAAAAAUGGACCUGGGUAGAUGGUUCUCUAUUAGAUUCCAAGCUGUUCUUUAUAAAAGGCCCAUCUAAGGAAAACAGUUGUGCAGCUACUAAGGGAAAUAAAAUUUACUCAGAAAACUGCAGUCGUAUAUUCAAAUGGAUUUGUAAAUUUUAGACUUUUAUGAUAGUGCAAUAAUCAGUGAAGAAAAUUUUUUUCAUGCUAUAAUAUUCAUCUUCAGAAAUUAUAAUAUAUUCAUUUUAUAAUCAUCUUCAGAAUGUUAAGAUGUAUUUAAGCACCAAAUUUUCUGUUUAAUUUUUUCCUCAAUCAUCUACAUUGGUCCUAAGUCUCAACGUUGCCUAUUUACCAAGUUAAAAAAUAUUUUUCAAUACUUUUUUUUUAUUUUUGGGUCACACCUUACCGUGCUCAAGGCUUACUCCUUGCUCUGCACUCUGAGAUCUCUCCGGGUGCGGCUUAGAGGAACUCGUGAUGUGCUGAAGAUUGAACCUGGGUCUGAAGAUUGAAGAUUGAACAUGAGUCUUACCAGUUGUAUACUUUUUCUCUCGCCCUGGUGCUUUUUAAAGUUUUAUGUGGUCAUUUACAUUGAGGAUUUUAUUCUUUUUAAGUAUAUUGACAGCAAAUUUGAUUAAAUUAUAUCUACUUUCUUAGUUUGCACUUUUUAAUUCUUAGCAAUGUCCUGUGCAAACUCGAUAUUGUUCUAAGCAUUGCGCUAUAGCAUAGGUUAAUAAAUUUUCAUUCCUUCUU